UUCCCCGAUAGUUGUGCGGGAUGCAUCUCACUUUCACUCACAUAUUUACAUAACUGCAGACACCUGCUGAAUACAAGUUUGCAUCCACAUUGUGGAUUCCACAAUAUUUCGAUAAAAUAGAGAUUUGAUUUCCAGACAAAGAAAAUUGAUAAUUAAUCAAGGAAAUCAAUCAAUGAUUAGAAAUUUGAAAAUGAAGAAGACGCUUUAUGCCUUUGACUUCGACCACACCAUUCUAAAAGACAAUUCUGACACAGAAGUCACAAAACUUGUCGACUCUCCAUUACCUGAAGCUAUUCGAAAUUUUUAUGAUGGUACAAAUUGGACGCAGUUUAUGAACAAAGUGUUUGAAUUUUUACGAGAUCAAGGAGUCACUGUUGAAGAUAUGAAGGAAUUGAUAACGAAAAUGAAUCCAACUCCUGGAAUGGUUUCUCUCUUGCAAGAAAUUCAUCACAGGAAAUCUCUGUCUGAUUCGAAACUCUUCAUCAUAUCCGACGCGAAUGAUAUCUUCAUAAACACAUUCCUUAACUCUAUUAAUGUUACGGCAGACUGCAUAAUAACAAACAAAGCAUCCAUUACCACACGAGGAGCAUUGCAUAUAGAUCCAUAUGAAAAUUCCGAUUGUCCAAUUUGUCCAAAGAAUUUAUGCAAGGGGUCUGCGCUUGAGGAGCAUAUAAAAAGCUCGUCAUUUUCAGUCGUUGUUUACGUUGGCGAUGGUCACAAUGACAUUUGUCCUGGGAUUAAGCUAAGUGAUCAAGAUUUUCUGUUUGCGAGACGAGGUUACAGCCUCGAGAAGAUAUUGAACUUAGGAAAAGUCAAGGGAAAGCGGAAAACGGAAAUUAAUUUUGAUAUCAAGGCUCAAAUUCAUUUCUGGGAAGACGCAACCAGUAUUCUCAAUGUGGUAUUUGCUUGAAUCUUACCUUCAGUGUCAUAUAUUUAACGUAAGUCUGUUUAUUACGAGUAUAUUUACUAGCUAUUUUUAUACGCAUAAAUAUAAAAUAAAAGUCAUUGUUCCAACAAACAA